UUAACCAUGUUUGAACCGUUACCAAAUGCCCCGCCUGGUUUUUCACUGGACCACCGACAUGACACGGUGGCGCCAUCUUGUGAGGCCUGCAAAAAGCGCCGCAGAACGUGGGAACGUCGCUAUUUUCCUAAAUACCUUAUGUGAGGGGUACGUCUAUGUCACGUCCUGUUCCGUGUAUUAUCGAGUAACCGCGUAAUCGCGCGUGUGAUGUUUAUCUUGUCAACCUAAAUGAGCAUGACUCCGCGCAGUUCGCUCAUUCUAGGACAGAGGAGGAAGUGACUAGUUAUUGUGGACAUUCGUUGACGUCUUCACAGUGAGACCGGGUGUGACAAGAGACAGCGACCCAUUUACUUAGGUCGAUCAGGUUGCAGCGGACACAAUGGUAGAUUCUCAUUCAAGAGGUGGCUCUGGUGACGGAUACGCAACGAAACCUUGCGUCAAGUUUCCAUUGAGGAGGGUAAAGCUUGCAGUUCACCGAAUCACUAAAGUAGCGAUUCCGCACCACCUCGACAUUCUUUCGAAGCAGCGAAGUAUCAUCGAGAAGUGCCAGAAACUGAAUCAGUGGGACAAACUACAUGAUGAGCAAAUCAAAGCAUCCCUUACUGUUAAGCAGCUUAAAGCUGUGCUCUAUGAGCUAGAAACACUAAGUAACCAGGUAGACCCAAAUGAUCUGCAAGAAUUUAAACGUCUCGUGCGACCAGCUUCAGAGGCGACACUUCAAGAGGUGCACUCAUUUACAGAAGUAUGUUUGCCUGCUAGCCCUGCUGUUGACUUCUUUGGUCAGCCUGAAAUAUCCUCACGUGGAGUCAUACCUGCACAUGUUCCCGAAGGUGACGGGCCCUCACUAGACAGUGUUUCCAUGAUACAGAAGAAACUUUACAUUGAACAUAUUCCUGACAACACAGCUGCUUCUAAGUCAUGGAAUUCAUUGAGGAGGGAUCUACAUGACCUGCAUGAUUUGAUGCACAACUUCAGCGACCUCGUCUAUGCCCAGCGAGAAAAAGUUGAGACAAUUCAAGCGAAUGUGACAGAGGCUGAUGAGCAAGUGCAGCAUGCCGUAACACACCUGGCACGAGCAGCUAUGCUGCGCAGAGCUUUCUUUCCACUAACAGGGGCUUUGGUGGGCCUGACCCUGGGGGGUCCUGUGGGCCUGGUUAUAGGCACCAAGAUGGCCCUUGGAUGUGCACUCGGUGCUGGAUUUCUAGGUUACACUGGUGGUAAAGUUCUUCAGCGCAGGGCAGAGCAAGACGAAACGCCUGUCGGGAUGGAGAUAGAGUUGCAAGAAACAUCAAAACGGCCUUCAAGUCACCUUGACCACUUUUGAUUAGCCUGUUAUGUUGUAGUGCAGAACACGAGGAAUAAAAUAGUUACGUCUUUUACCUCA